UCCUUUCUAGCCUGAGACCAUGGACACAGCUGUAGUGGUGACUCUUCUAACUCUACUUAUGGCAAUGGCUGGCAUCAGUCAGGCUCUUCGUAUCCAAGGCAAUCUGGACAAAAAUGACAUCCUGCCAGGUGGCUCAGAGGAGAACAUGGCUAACCAGCUGCUGGGGCUGGAGGGUGAAAACACAGAUAACAGCAUUGAUGAUCACCUACUGACCUCAGUGCUGAGAGCUCUGCUGCUCGGUUCGCAGAGGGAAACCAGGACCUCUGUCCUCCAUCAGCCACAGAGGUUUGGCCGUGGAUCCACAGGGCGGGUAGUGUCGGAGGAGCAGAUACAUUCACAUGAAUGGGAGGCUGCCCCCGGUCAGAUCUGGAGUAUGGCUGUGCCCCAGAGAUUUGGCAAGAAAUAAUCUGGCAGGCAGAGCCACACAUUACUAUCCAGGUACAAGGCCAAGCAGCGGGUAAAUGUGGAGAGGAGAAAUUUGAAUUAAUACAUAAAAAUCAUAUUUAAAACGCUUUUUUUAAUCAACGUCCAGGCUCACUGGGCCCCCACUUGACACCCAACAUUUAGUUAAAGAUGACAUGAGUUUGAUUUGAUUUGAUUUGAUUUAUUCUUUCAAGCAUGUAAAGACAGUUGAUAUGACAACACACGAUUGUACACAUAAUCCAAUAUCAAUUUGCUUAUACAUAGUAGAUGCUAUUAGUUUAAUAUUACAUUUUUCUCCUGACGUCAAACACUGCAAAGCAUGUUGACUAGUACCUAUUAAGGUUUUCUGAUCAAACCUUAUUCAUUUAUUGUGAAAUGUUAUUAAGGACAGAAAGUGUUUGCUGUAAAUUGAUUGCAACAAUUUUUGUUCUUUUGUUCUCCUGU